UGGAAUCCCAACAAAGAUAAUAAGACGGCCAUAUGCAACCCCACCAUGGUGCAUGAUGCAAAUGGCGCUGUAUAGGAGAAGCUAUGGGGUCUAACGUGAUUGGUGCGCUGUAGGCAACGUUCCCCCAUUAUAUAAGAACAGCGAUUGAAUUUCAUCAUGCCUCCUAAAGCAAGUGGAAAAGCUGUGAAGAAAGCCGGCAAAGCUCAAAAGAAUAUUAGUAAGACUGACAAGAAAAAGAAGAGGAGGAGGAAGGAAAGCUAUGCCAUCUACAUCUACAAAGUAUUAAAGCAAGUCCAUCCUGACACUGGAAUCUCCAGCAAAGCUAUGAGCAUCAUGAACAGCUUUGUGAAUGAUGUUUUCGAGAGAAUUGCUGCUGAAGCUUCACGUUUGGCGCAUUACAACAAAAGAUCAACCAUUACAUCCCGGGAGAUCCAAACCGCUGUGAGACUCCUAUUGCCUGGUGAAUUGGCGAAGCAUGCUGUUUCUGAAGGCACCAAAGCAGUUACCAAAUACACCAGUUCGAAGUGAACGGUAUUGUUUCAAUCCUUUACUAUUCCUAAAACU